AUGGCGACAGAGAGAGAAGCAAGACAAAUUGUGAUGUUCCCCUUCAUGGCUCAAGGACAUAUGAACCCUUUCAUGGCAUUAGCUAGACAACUAGAGAAGAGGCCAGGCUACACCAUAACUGUUGUGAAUACGCCUCUAAACAUCCAGAAACUCAAAUCUUCACUUCCUUCUGAAUCCAGCAUACAACUUGCUGAGAUUCCUUUCCAGGGAACCAAGUAUGGUCUCCCACCUGGGGUUGAAAACACUGAUUCAGCAUCUUAUGAAUCGAUGGUUUGCCUCUUGGAAGCCUCAGAAGCUCUUCGAUCUCCUUUCAGAGACUUCAUCAUUGACAUGACCAAACAAGAUGGCCAUGCCCCUGUGUGCAUCAUUUGUGAUGUCUUCCUGGCGUGGACAGUGGAAGUUGCUCAUGAGCUGGGAAUCUACCAUUCAGUAUUCAUAACCGGACCAGGUUAUAGCAUGGCCACCUACGUCUCGGUUUCUCUGAAUAUGCUCCAAUGCAAGACUGAAGAAAAGGAGUUCACGCUGCCUGACUUUCCUGAGGCAGCCCAAAUUCAACUAUCACAACUUGGGAAUGACCUCAAGUUCACUGAUGGUACUGAUUCUUGGUAUCUCUUCCGUGUGCGCCAAUUCGCAUUUUGCUUGCGCUCAGAUGCAAUCCUGUUAAACAGCAUAGAGGGGUUGGGACAAACUGGUGUGACAUAUUUUAGGAGGAAAAUGGGAGGGAGGCCUUGCUGGCCCAUCGGACCAGUCAGCUCCAUCAUGCAGAAGAAAGUUGUUUCGGAAACUGAUAGUUCUAUUUCUUGGCUAAACUCGCAUCAGCCUGGUUCAGUUUUGUAUGUAUCUUUUGGGUCGCAGUACACAAUUUUACCUUCACAGAUGGUAGCAUUGGCGAGAGGCAUAGAGGCAAGUGGCAAGGCAUUCAUCUGGGUUGUUCGGUCACCGAUUGGUUUCGAUCCAAAUGAACAAAUCAGAUCAGAAUGGUUCCCUGAUGGGUUUGAACAUAGAAUCAAAGAGAAGAAUCAAGGCUUUCUUAUACACAAGUGGGGACCACAGCGGGACAUUCUAUCUCACAAAUCAGUAGGUGCAUUCCUGAGCCACUGUGGUUGGAAUUCAAUGCUGGAGAGCCUGUGCUCAGGAACUCCAAUCAUCGGGUGGCCACUGGCUGCAGAGCAGUUCUUUAACUCCCACAUGCUGGAAAAGGAGGUAGGAGUUUGUGUUGAGGUUGCUAGAGGGAUUGAGUCUGCUAUCAUAGAACCUGAACACAUUGCAGGAGUGAUCAAUAUGGUACUAGGAAACACAGAAAAAGGAGAAGAUAUGAGAAGGAAAGCCAGUGAAAUGAAAGAGAAAAUGGGAGAAGCUAUACGAGAAGGAGACGGUUAUGAAGGACCAUCCCUCAAAGCCAUGACUGAAUUCCUGAAUGCAGCAGAGCUGUUCCUGUUCGAUUCUGUGCACCUCUUUGUUAUGUCUGCGCUUUCUUUUUUCAUUAACAAGCUUUCUUUGGUGGUGUCGUCCGAAAAAAAGAAGUUGAUGGACAGAGAGAUUCAAUCUUGCUGCUGUACCAGCAGGUGUCAGCAUCAUUACCAGGAAGAUCUAGUUCUCGAAGGCAAGAAAGAGAUCAACAACAACAAGAGGAUUUUUUAG